UUUCAGCGGUGUUAUGGUGAUGUUGAAUUGCGCUCGUAUGUUAUAUCUUAAUAUCAAAUAUUUGUGUUCGGUGGUGGUGAUUGUGAAGGCAUUUUGUGUGGCUUUCUCAUUUUGGUGUUUUAAUGUUCACACGAUGGCAGAAAGAGAGUUAAACUGUGCGUUGUGGGUAAAUCAAGUGUUGUAAUGUCGCAUUAAUUCUAACAUGGCAUGGCUGUUUUUUUUGUGCGUGUGUAUUUGUUUGUGGGGUUGAUUCAGUGCCAUAUACAUGAAUGUUGAGGAUUCAUAUUUACUAUAAAUUCACACACAAUGCCGAGUCUUCCUCAAAACAACCUAAAGGAGCAACUGGAACGACACAAUAAUGCUGCACAGAGCAAGUUAUCACUGCUGAAACUAAAGCCUGGGGGGUUUUGUUUCAAAAAGAAGUCUUCAUCAGGUAUCUCCAAAGUGGAAGUUCCUCUAAAGGUAACUGGUGCAAAUGUCUUAGCAAACAGGAGUGUCAAUAUUUCACGCAGCUGUGAAGUAACCAAAACUCAUGUGACGUUUUCGCAAAACCCUAAGAGAGCAACUCCGAAAGUCAACUUCUUCACUGCACCCAGCAGACCGAAGACAAAUACUGUUAAUCCAUUAGUCAACCCGUUUGCUGUGAACAAAACACCUCCUGUCCAAUUUACCAUUAAGGAUUUGCCAAAAUCUGCAGCCUUCCCUAAGGAUCAAACUGUGUGUGAACCUAAGUGUGACAUCUCCCAACUCUCCUUCAAUGAAUGGGAUGACUUGGAUGAUUUUGAAACCCCAGUCAAGGCAAGAGUACCGUCCCCAGUUACAGAAACCUCUACAAAAAAGCUAAGUGUAUCGGACCAGAACAUGUCCCCAAAUUCCUCUUGUGCUAAGAGUGAUGAUACUACAUUAAAUGGAGGUUCACAGGUUACAGAAUCUAUAACUAUCCCAAAGGAUGUCCUGUCAGCUGCUAAUAGAGUCAGCACAGAGCCUGCUGAGAGAGAGCCAGAGGACUCGCCCAUUAAAAAAUCCAAAAGACAUAAGAAAUCAGUCCAGCAAAAGGCGUUACUGAGUGACACUGAAGAUGAGGAGUCAUUGACUGUAUUACACCAGAUAAAAAUGAAAAGGACAUCAACUGCGGCAGAAGAGCAGUGUGCUGACACAAACAUCAUAGACAUUGAUGAGACUGAGACAGACAACUUUUAUGAGGAUUUCAUCCCCCCAUCCCCUGUUCUUGAGGAGACGAGUGCCUUUGACUCCGAAGAGGAGAAAAGUUCAUCUGACCCUGUUACACAUGCUGACAAAAAUGUUCCACCUCAUGAGUCUGCCUCAAACCUGUCAGCACCCUUUGAUGAACCUGCUAAAGAAUUAAAAGGACCUGAUGAUGCUCUCUUUACUAUUAUGGAGUCUAUUUGUUAUCUAGUUGACACUAUUCCAGAGCAUGAGCUCAUAGCACUGACCUGUGGCACAGAGCUAUUACUGCAGAGAGCACACAGGAAAAGGAUUCUUGCUAAUGGUGCACCAUCUAGAACAUCUCAGUUAGGCCCAGCAGCAACUCCAUAUUCUAGUCUGCUAAACAGACAAGGGUUUGGAGUCACGCCCUCUAGUCCAACAUCAUCUAUGACCCCAGUGAUAUCAGAAAAGGCCGUCAAAACAGGCUUUCCAUUUCGCAAAUCCAUUGCCUCAGUCAUAUCUUUGGAAAAUGACAGUGUGUUUGAGGAUUCUGACUGUAUCAUCAAUGGGGUUGAGACCCCCGGUGGUUCCUGGAAUCCUAACAGCACCUCAAAAACAGCAACUAGUAGGGACAUCUCAAACAGGUCAAGUCCCCCUUCAAGCAAAUAUGUGUCAAAAACAGAUAAGUGCUACUCAGGGUUGUCCUUCAAUGAGUCAAACAAUCAGACUGUGGGUGGAGAUCAGGUUGACUUGUUUUAUUCCCCCAAAAGAGUAGAUUCAGGAAAGAGAAAUACUGAGAGCAGUGUUGAAACCAACAUGGAAGUACCCAACUGUUCUCGAGCAGAUACAGAGCCACUUGAUGACUUCCUAAUUGAUGAUUUUGAUAUUGAUGAUUUUGAUGAGACUGAUGUUCCAGAAUAUUUUGAAGAACCUCCAAGUGUCUUGGCAUCAAGAGACCGCUUUGAUGCAAAAACGCCAUCAGUGCGGGAGGGAGGGCCUUCAAAACCUUUGGAGAGAAAGACUGUAACACCACCAGCUCUAAAACCUACCAAAACAUUCAGCACUGAACCUGUGUACAGAAACCCAGCUCAUGACCGCUUUAGAGGCAUCAGCUUUCCUCACAGCCCAGAGAUGAUGAAGAUCUUCCAUAAGAAGUUUGGGCUGCAUCAGUUCCGCUUCAAUCAGCUGGAGGCUAUUAAUGCCUCACUGUUAGGAGAAGACACGUUUGUACUGAUGCCUACAGGUGGUGGUAAAAGUCUCUGCUAUCAGCUUCCUGCUUGUGUCUUUGCUGGAGUGACUGUUGUCAUUUCUCCUCUGCGGUCUCUCAUAGUUGACCAGGUUCAAAAGCUUACCACAUUAGAUAUCUGUGCAACUAGUUUAUCUGGGGACAAAAAAGAUAGUGAGGCUGCAAAGGUCUAUAUGCAGCUGUCUAGGAAGGAUCCCCCCAUCAAACUGCUUUAUGCCACUCCUGAGAAGGUGUGUGCAAGUGGACGGAUGAUCAGUGCCCUUCAGAAUCUGUAUGAAAGGGGUCUGCUAGCUCGCUUUGUCAUUGACGAGGCCCAUUGCGUCAGUCAGUGGGGUCAUGACUUCAGGCCAGACUACAAGCGCUUGCAUGAGCUCAGGCGGAUGUUUCCCAAUGUUCCUAUAAUGGCACUGACGGCCACAGCCACUCCUAGAGUUCAGAAAGACAUUCUGAACCAGCUGGCAAUGACCCGUCCUCAGGUAUUCACUAUGAGCUUCAACAGGCACAAUCUCAAAUAUUCAGUUUUGCCAAAAAAGCCCAAGAAGGUCGAUGAGGAAUGUAUUCAGUGGAUCAAGAAAUAUUACCCACGUGACUCUGGGAUUGUGUACUGCUUGUCUCGUAAUGACUGCGACACUCUGGCUGACAGUCUGCAGAGGGCUGGGAUCGCAGCGCUGGCUUAUCACGCUGGCCUGAGUGACAGGGAAUAUGUCCAGAAUAAAUGGAUCAACCAGGAUGGCUGCCAGGUUAUGUGUGCCACCAUUGCAUUUGGCAUGGGAAUCGAUAAGCCAGAUGUGCGUUAUGUGAUCCAUGCCAGUUUGCCCAAGUCAGUGGAGGGUUAUUACCAGGAGUCAGGCAGAGCUGGUCGAGAUGGAGAGAUUUCCCACUGCGUCCUCUUCUAUUCCUACAGUGAUGUUAUCCGCAUCAAGAGACUCAUUGCUAUGGAUAAAGACGGCAGCCAGCAAUCCAAAGCCACCCACAUCAACAACCUGCACAGCAUGGUGCAUUUCUGUGAGAAUGUGGCCGAGUGCAGGAGAAUCCAGUUGCUGGCUUACUUCGGCGAGCACACAUUCAAUACAAGCUUCUGUAAAGAGCAUCCUGAGGUCAUCUGUGACAAUUGUGCCAGACCACAUAAAUAUAAAUCAAGAAAUGUCACAGAUGAUGUGAAGAAGAUUGUGAGGUUUGUGCAGGAGAACUGUGAGAAGGUUGGAAACCGAUAUGGCAAAUCCGCCCAGCAGAACAGGCUCACUCUCAACAUGUUGGUCGACAUAUUUCUGGGCUCCAAAAGUGCUCGGAUCCAGUCUGGAAUGUUCGGAGUAGGAGCAGCAUAUUCCAAACACAAUGCUGAGAGGCUUUUUAAGAAACUGGUGCUGGAUAGUGUUCUGAUGGAGGACCUCUACAUCACUAACAAAGGGCAGGCAGUGGCCUAUAUCUCUGCUGGGCUUAAAGCCAUGAGUGUACUGAGUGGUUGCAUGCAGGUUGAGUUUGUUGAGACGGAGACUGCGUCCAGCAUCAGAAAGCACAAAGCCUCUGUGAUUGAGAACAUUUCUAAGAGAGAGGAGAUGGUUAAAAAAUGUCUACAGGAACUCAAUGAUCUGUGCAAGAAGUUGGGCAAAGUCUUUGGCAUUCAUUACUACAACAUUUUCUCCACAGCCACACUCAAAAAGAUUGCUGGUUCUCGCACUUCCUCUGCAGCUGAGGCACAGACAGAGAGUUCAGGAUGGAUUGACACAACAAGAGGCCAUCAAAACGAGGAAGAUGACGAUGAUGAAGGGGACACCACAUCAACCUAUUUCAGAAGCACCUCUGGACGAGGAGCAAAGAGAAAGCAAGGGUCUUACUCCAGGAAACCCAAAAGAAGAAAAGGUGCCAGCGGCCAAAACUCUGCCUCUAAAGGUGGAUACAGCAAUAACUGGUCUUCAUCAAGAGGAGGCGGAGGAAGAGGGGGAUACAGGGGUGGUAAUCGAAGUGCAGGCAGAGGUUCCAGGCCGGCUCCAUCAGUCCCAGCAGUGAAGAGGCCCGGCUUCAUGGCUUUGCCCACUCCACAGAAUGCUGCUCGUCCAUUCCUCAAACCAACAUUCUCUCACCUCUAGAAUCAGAAUACUCCUAAUGUUUCUGCUACGGUUUUCCAUGCGCCUCAUAUUCGUCCAUCGUAGCAAAAACCCGUUUCAGCUCCUGUGGUCAGUGGAAGACAGCGGUUCUACCAAAUGGUUAUAAAGGCAUGUAACUUGACUGCACAAUUCAGCUAGUAAAACCCAUAACGGUUACCAUCAGCUGCUUCCUAAAACAUCUCAGCCAUCGUUUAUUCACUAGCACCAUAGUGAUUCUGGCCUACAACACAACAGCAGAUUGUGAUUGGUGGAUUGAAGCAUGUUCAUUUAAAAUAACUGUACUAGUAAAGCCAAGCUUGUGAGCUGCCACAAACUAAUGCUAAAAGCUACAAUUAUUGUGAGUACCAGUGUAAGAUCUAAAACGUCCCCUAAUUACCACUAGCUGUUACUUCUCUCAACCCUGGUCUCUUUUUCACUGUUCACAAAAAUAAAUCUGCUCCUUCUGCAUUUUGCAUUCACUUCCUCUAUUUUUCGCUUUCUCAAAUACAAAAGCAAUUACAUCAAUAGCAGUUUCAAAGGGGCAGGCAUAAAAUAGAUCAUGUAUGGUAAAAUAAACCCCCUGUCCAACUUGCAUGCCACUGGAAGAAUCUUCUGUCUUCAAAUAAAUAAUAUAGACUAAUCAGGACUUGGUGUACUAAAGACUAAACCUGGCCUUCUAGUACAUAUUGCCAAACACAUCGUCAAUUAAUUAAAAUGAGCAUACACACACAAACAUACACACAGUCUUUUGGCUAAACUGUGUAUAAAGUCAUCAGUAUUGUUCGAAUGCAGGGCCAAUAUACAAAGCACAGGGACGGUUUUCUCAUUACUGGUUAAGUGACUGAAUUGAAAAUGGAUUGUAGAUCUGGAUUAAAAUCUUUC